AUGGCAGACUCCUGGGUCGUGGUCGUUGUUGCUGCCAAUCGACUGAAGCGGGGUGUCGAGCAUGCGGAAGCUGAAGGCCGUGCUGUCUUGGACAUAGUCCACAAGUAUGGGCUUUGCAGCGACCCGAUCGACUGCGUUGGGGGGGCCAAGGACGCGAUUCGCGAGGCUUUCCGGCUGGCUGCAGGGCGACUGAGGGACGGCUCCUACUGGGACGAUGGACUGAAGAGAUCGAAGCUGUUGGUGUUUGUGGCGGGAAAAGGCCACCAUGCUGACUGUGGCACGCUCUUCGAGCCUGCAGAUGCUCCAGACAGCGACGAGCCGUCCACUUGGCUGUGUGUGGAGGAGGAGGUUCUAUUCGCCGUAGAGGCGGCCGAGCUCAGAGAUGUCAAAGUCGUGACAUUUAUGGCGCUGUGCCGCUCAUACUGCUACGAGCUGCCAGAAGACCUGCCAGAUCAGGGCUUGACCCUCAGCGACGAGAAUGCGUACUACGACAUAUGGAUGUGUGGGGAGGACAAGGAGGUCGACGACUAUCAGUACCUGGCCUGUGCCUUGCGGUACUACCUGUCGCUUGGGGUCUCCGAGCUCAGCAGCCUCCUCCGUGGGAUGAAGGAGGACCUGGAGCAGCUGACGUUUGGAAAGGUCGAUCUCCACUGGGCGCAGCCGGCGCAGCCCAGCCGAGUUCUGCUGGGCCCUCCGCGGAGCUACGUGGAGCCUGGGCCCAUCAUGGCCGACGAGACUUUCAGGCGCGUUCGCCGCUCCAUCUUCCUGGCGCGCCACCUGGAGCGGAUGGCAAGCCAUGAGCUGGAGGCCAGCUUCGAAGACGCGCGCCGGUGCCUGGCGGAGGUUGGCAGGUUGGUUGCGCAGCGCGAGGCGGACACGCAACAGCAGCUGCACACGCGGCAUGAGCUGCUUUGCAUCCGACAGACGCGAAGCCUGCAGGAUGUCGCAGCGUGGUUGCAGCUGCAGCUUCCAAACCUUCCGGCACCCGAAGGUAGUCCGCUGGAUGUCAAGGGCCUGCUUCCGAGCUUCCUGGAGCCAAUGGCGGGUUGCAUGCUGGACUUCGUGGACCGAAACUCGGACGAGGAGCUGGCAGGAUUCGCGCAGGCCUUCGUGGACGACCUUUGCACCUAUGCGGAAUCCUUCAACCUCAGAGAUCUUUACGACCUUGAGACAGUGCCUUCGUCAAAGACGGAAAGGCUCUUCUACUAUCCCUUUGUCAUCCCUGGAGAUGUCGGUGGUUCCGCUGAGGUGAAGGCAGCGCUGGAAAGGCGUAUCUGCGACGCGAUGGCGCAGCUGGGCCUGUCUGCCGACCAGGUCGUCUUUGCGAGAGGAAGUCUUUGGAUCAUUCUGUUGGCUUCGCAGCCGGUGGCGAGGAGAAACCUCUUCGACUUGCUGGACGUACUCAAGGCGUGGACAAAGGAAGCGAAGAGCCAGCACCCUGCCUGGCGUGGGGCAGGUUGCCCCCGCCUUGCCACCGUCACCGACAUACCCGGCGGCCUGCGGCAGUUGGUCCGUCAAGUGUCGCCCUUGUCCCGCCCCGAGCCGCUCGGGGACCCGCCGGUGACCUGGUUGAAGGCCGACGAUGUCCGAGAGAGGGUGGCGGAGGCGCUCCAAAGAACGCGUCCGGGCCUCAAGGCAUCGCAGGUCUGGAUCUGCGAGGGCGAUCGCGUGCGACGUUUGGGAGAGUGGCUGCGCGGCACAGGUCGACUCAGCGCCAUGGUUGCCGACGAUCGGCGCUGCCUGGAGUUUCAGGACGGUGGUUCGACCUUGCAUGGCACGAAGAGUCUUGUGGACGCUUUGGAGACACUCAGUGUCCGGAGAUUUGCAUGCGGAUGCUUCGAGGAUACGCCGGAGUUCCAAGCGGGAGUGUUCCUCAUGCACAGUCUGUAUGAUGGACGCCUGUCCGCGGAGAGUGCGGUGGCGCGUGGGCGGCGACGAUCAAAGGCGAGUUCGCCGAGCUCUCGCCGUGCGUCAGCCUUCUCAGGUCAAUCUCUAUCUUCGGAAGGAUCUGCAAGGUCAUCAUCCUCGGGGAACGAGCGGCAAGGUAGAGGUGCCUUCAGGAACGAGGAGGAUCGAGGAAGGUUGCUGGAAAUGUGGCUGUCCCGCCUGUCCAAUUCCGAAUAUCGGACGCCCAUGCAGUUCCUUGAUGAGAUCUGUGCUGAUGCGGUAGCCGACUACCUUGCAGCAGAGGCCCCUGAAAUGUCGGCUGGUGGGGCACCCACAGCCGCAGUGGUCGCAGAAGCAAGGUUCACAAAUUUCGAGGUCGCAGGGUUUGGGCUCGGAGGGCUCGGAGGAGGGCUCGUAGGGCUCGCAGGCGUCACAGGGGUGACAGGGCUCGCAGUCGCAGGGGUCGCAUCAGGAGCCGUGGGGUUAGGAGUGUUAGCACUGGGACUGAAACUUGCGCUCCGAGCCAUUGCACCAAAAGGGACCAGCAUCCCACCUGUCCUCGCAGAGCAGCUGCGGCACUUCCCCGAGACGGAAUGUCGGCUCCUCCGCCUUCUCGUCCGCGAAUCGGCGGCUGUGAAAUCCGUGAAGUGGCCGGCCUUCAUGGAAGUCAUGGAGGGCCUCACUACCCGUGUCGCCCCCCGAGACGCGACUGCAGAGUCAAUGGACAGUGAGAUCGACGGGGAAAUUUCGGCGGCGCUGCAGCAGUUGGAAGAAGAUCUGCAGACCAAGGGGGCUGACGAAGCCUUGUCCAUCUUCAUUGAGGCGUGGCUCUCAAGAUCGUUUGGCUGA